AUGUCGUCUCAAACAUCCUCUUCCACAGAGGCCCCUUCACCCUCCGGCGAGAACGAGAAAUGGCCGCGCAACACGGAGCGCACAUCACGCGACUCCGACUCCAUCCUUUCUGUCUCUUCGGCAGAUACUGAGGCCGACCAUGAUGCAUUGGGCAAGACGUUGACGGCGCGCACAUCGCGGGUCUCAGAUCACAUGUCCCUCGCAGAGCGAGUGACGACUAUUCCGACGAAUAUGACGGCCGAUCCGAACUUUGAGGUUGAUUGGGAUGGUGAAGAUGAUCCUGAGAAUCCGAAGAACUGGUCUUUGCGGUAUAAGGCUAUGGGAUUGUUGUUUUUGUCUUGGAAUACGCUUAUAGUCGUCCUUUAUUCAACAUCCUAUACCUCAGGCGUCGAGCUUAUCGGCGAGGAAUUCAACGAAUCCAGCACUAUCGUCACCCUCGGGUUAACAUUCUAUCUAAUCGGUCUCGCCAUCGGCUCCAUGUUCAUGGCUCCGUUGAGUGAAGUAUACGGCCGAAAGCCCGUCUGCGUAAUCUGUCUCGCCGUAUUCACAGUCCUGAUUAUCCCAUGCGCCCUGGCCAAGUCGGUAACGGCCUUGAUCGUUGUCCGCUUUUUCGGCGCCUUCUUUGGAAGUGUGAUGAUUUCGACUGCGCCGGGUAUGGUGGCUGAUUUGGUGGAUGAUGACCAUCGGGCGCUGGCUAUUUCGAUUUGGAGUAUUGGGCCGUUGAACGGACCAGUGCUUGGCCCUGUUAUCGGUGGUUUUGUUACGCAGUAUCUGGGCUGGCGCUGGAUGUGCUGGAUUGCACUCAUCCUCUCAGCUGUGGCCUUGGUUCUCGCUAUGAUUUUGAAGGAAACCUACGCGCCUACGCUGCUACAGAGGAAAGCAGCCCGACUCCGCAAAGAGACUGAUGACUCGCGCUGGUGGUCUCGCUACGACCAAAAGGCCAGUCUGUCCGAAGUCCUGGCCUUGAACCUCAGCCGGCCGUUCGUGAUGGCUGUGACCGAGCCUAUCUGCAUCUUCUGGAACAUCUACAUCGCCAUCGUCUACGGCAUCCUCUACCUCUGUUUCACCGCAUACCCGAUCGUCUUCCAAGACAUCCGCGGCUGGGACCUAGGUUUCUCAGGCCUCGCCUUCCUCGGCAUCGGCGUUGGUGUGCUCAUCACCAUCGCCUGUGAACCUCUCGUCCGCCGCCUAAUCAACAGCCACGCAAAGGACCCAGAAACCGGCCGCGUCCACCCCGAAGCAAUGGUCUCAUUCGUCUGCAUCUGCUCCGUACUCAUCCCCAUCGGCGAGCUCUGGUUCGCCUGGACCUGCUCCCCAGCCUCGAUCCACUGGAUCGUCCCCUUGCUCGCCGGCAUUCCCUUCGGCGCUGGCAACACGGGUGUCUUCAUUUACGCUUCCAACUACCUGACCUACAGCUACGGCAUGUACGCGGCGUCCGCGCUGGCAGGUAACUCUGUCAUCCGGAGUGUACUGGGCGGAGUCCUGCCGCUGGUGGGAUCGUACAUGUACGCUGACCUUGGGGCGAAUUGGUCCGGCACGUUGCUGGGCUUGUUAGAGGUUGCUAUCGUGCCUAUUCCGUUCGUGUUUUAUAAGUAUGGACAUAAGAUCCGCAUGAAGAGUACUUUGAUUGUGCGCAUGCAGGAGGAUAAGAAGAAGUUGGAGGGGAAGCGGGCAAGGAAGACGCCGAGGGCGCAGCAGGGGUCUGUGGAGGAUGUUGAGAAGCAGAGUGAUAAUGUCUAA